AUGUGUGUGGAAAUUUGGGACUCCAGUAAAAAAAGACUCUACUACACCAUUGCAAUAAUGAUAAUUCAGUACAUUAUACCACUUCUUAUAUUAUGUUUCUCCAAUUUUUAUAUUGGAUUUCUUGUCUGGAUCCGCAAACCACCAGGAGAAAACCAUCCUACAAGAAUCAAAGAGAUGGACCUAGAAAAAAGACGGACGGUGAAGGUGUUAAUUUGUGUCGCUGUAUCUUACGCCCUUUCCUGGCUUCCUCUCCAUGUUAUUACUGUUGUGGGUAGCAACAACCAACAGCUGAUGAGCCAGGAGUACCUACAAGUCUACUGGAUGUUCUCUCAUUGGUUUGCCUUCACUAACUGUGCCGUCCACCCAAUCAAUUAUUUUGUGAUGGAUAGGGACUUUAGAAAGAAAACAAAGAAACUGUUCCGAUCGCCAUGCUGUUUGUAUCUAAAAACUACUUCACAGUUUCAGGUGCGUCAAGUCGACUCGAGUUGUUGA